AUGGCCACCCCUAAGGCUUUGCUUCUUGCUGUCCUCGGUUGUGCCUGCUUUUUCAGUGCCAUCCUUGCAGCUCGUGAGCUGAGUGAUGACUCAGCCAUGGUGGUGAAGCAUGAGCGGUGGAUGGCCCAGUACAACCGUGUUUACAUGAACGACGUUGAGAAGGCUCAGCGGUUUGAGGUGUUCAAGGCCAACGUCAAGUUCAUUGAGUCGUUCAACGCGGCUAGCAACCGCAAAUUCUGGCUUGGCAUCAACCAGUUUGCUGACCUCACCAAUGAUGAGUUCAGGGCAACCAAGACUAACAAGGGCUUCCAUCCAAGCAUGGCAAGAGGCCCUACUGGAUUCAGGUAUGAGAAUGUCAGCAUCGAUGCACUUCCAAUGACUGUUGAUUGGAGGGCAAAGGGCGCCGUUACUCCCAUAAAGAACCAAGGCCAGUGUGGCUGUUGUUGGGCAUUCUCGGCUGUGGCUGCGAUGGAGGGUAUUGUCAAGAUAAGCACCGGCAAGCUCUUCUCACUUUCUGAGCAAGAGUUGGUGGACUGUGAUAUCAAUGGUGAGUCCCAGGGCUGCGACGGUGGUGAGAUGGAUGACGCCUUCAAGUUCAUCAUCAAGAAUGGUGGCCUGGCCAAUGAGUCCAGCUAUCCUUACAUAGCACAAGACGGCAAGUGCAAGAGGUACAAGAAUGUUGCAACCAUCAAGGGCUACGAGGAUGUGCCGGCUAAUGAUGAGGCUGCCCUCAUGAAGGCGGUAGCCAACCAGCCAGUCUCGGUGGCAGUAGAUGGUGGUGACAGGACAUUCCAAUUCUACUCCGGUGGUGUCAUGUCUGGUUCCUGUGGCACUGACCUUGAUCAUGGUAUUGCAGCCAUUGGUUACGGAACAGCCAGUGAUGGCACCAAAUAUUGGCUGAUGAAGAACUCCUGGGGCACCACAUGGGGUGAGAAUGGGUUCUUGAGAAUGGAGAAGGGUAUUCCGGAUAAGAGUGGGAUGUGUGGCCUCGCCAUGCAGCCAUCCUACCCUACUGAGUAG